AUGGAGGCCACAUUUGUUAUUGUAGGAGGAGGGAUAGCUGGUGUUAGUUGCGCAGAGACUUUAGCUUUCUUCGAACCAGAAAAAUCUAUUGUACUUCUUAGUGAAUCAUCCUUAAUUAAGACAGUGAUUAAUCUUCAUGCUAUUACAAGAACAUUAACUGAGUUUAAUAUUCAAGAGAUGGCGUCUUCUGAAUUUUCGUCAAAGCAUCCAAAUAUUAAAGUUAUUCAUGAUACUCUUGCUGAAAUCCAUGACAGUGAGAAAUACAUCAUAACUACAGAAAAUAAAAUGAUUAAGUAUCAAUAUUUAUGUUUGUGUACUGGAGCUAAGCCCAAGCUUAUACCACAAGCUCAACAGUUUGAAGAAAUCCUUGGUAUAAGAGAUACAGAUUCCGUAGAUACGUUUUUGAAAAAAAUAAGUAAAGCCACUAAUGUCAUAGUUGUGGGUAAUGGUGGUAUUGCUUCUGAACUGGUUUACAAAAUAAAAAACAUGCAGGUGCAUUGGGUAAUUAAGGAUCGUCACAUUUCUGCUACUUUUGUUGAACCAGGUGCAGCCGAGUUUUUCCUUCCCUCUUUAAGUCAAGAUGAUGUUAAACAAGAACCUGUUAGUAAGAGAAUGAGGUACCAAGAAGAAGAUUUCCAUAAAUCUGGUGCUGCGUUAGGUCCUGAUUGGUACAAAAAUCUUAUUAUACAAGGGGCUGGGGGUUUAAGUAUGCCAUCUACUGUAAAAGUCCAUUACGAAACUGAAAUAACACUAGUUGAGAGAUCGAAAGACGCUAAACAUGCUUUGGAAGUAACUUUAUCCAAUGGUGAGAAACUUGAUUGUGAUUUAAUUAUUUCUGCCACUGGUGUAACUCCAAGAAUGUCUUUUAAGUCACUUAAUUCACUUGAAUUAUCAGAAAAUGGUGAAAUAAAAGUGAAUCAAUAUAUGCAAACCAAUCUUCCAAAUAUAUAUGCAGCUGGUGAUGUCUGUAGUGCCAAUUGGGACCUAGCAAAACAUUGGUUUCAAAUGAAGCUGUGGACACAAGCAAGACAGAUGGGGUCGUAUGCAGCCAAAUCCAUUGUUGGACACUUAAACAAGGAAGAGGUCUUGCAAGAUUUUUGUUUUGAAAUGUUUGCUCAUUCAACAAAACUAUUUGGAUAUAAGGUUAUUCUUCUUGGAUUAUUCAAUGGACAAAAAUUGGGAAGAAACUACGAAAUCCUUAUUAGAAUGACAAAAGGUCAUGAGUAUAUAAAAUUCGUUUUGGAAGAUAAUAAAUUACAAGGUGCUGUUCUAAUUGGUGAUACAGACUUGGAGGAAAUGGCUGAAAAUCUUAUACUAAAUCAAAUAGAUUUGUCACCUUAUGGGGAUGAUAUUUUAAAUCCUGAUAUAGACAUUGAAGAUUAUUUUGAUUGAAAGGUACUGUUUUGCAUUUUAAUCUAAUUUUGUACAGUAGCAUUAAUAAAAUAAAUAGGAAUUCUUA